ACGUCGCGGCGACGGUGGCGGCGAGCGGCGUCAGAGCUAGAAGGGGGGGCUGACGGCUUCUGGCGGGUGGCGGUGUUGGAGGCGAGAGCUUGCUUAGCCCGUAACGCUUCUGCCCCAAGACCCGACGGAGAGCGAGGGAACGAGGGUUGCUUUCGGGGGCUGCUGCCUUCUACUUACGCAUCGUCGUGAGGAGCGCAGCCCGGACUCUCCUACAAGCCCUCCGGCUCCCUUUCCACACGCCUUGAGGCGGCGGCGGCGGCGGCAACUGAGACAGCGUCUCACCUUCCCCCACCCCUUCCCCGUCCCCCCCGCCCGAAAGGGCCCGGUCUGCGCCCCACCCCCGCCCGCUCGCUACGCCGCCGCCAUGUCGGCGCAGGCCCAGAUGCGCGCAAUGCUGGACCAGUUGAUGGGCACCUCCCGGGACGGAGAUACUACUCGUCAACGAAUCAAAUUCAGUGAUGACAGAGUAUGCAAGAGUCACCUUCUCAACUGUUGCCCCCAUGAUGUCCUCUCUGGAACUAGAAUGGAUCUUGGAGAAUGUCUGAAAGUUCAUGACCUGGCUUUAAGAGCAGAUUAUGAAAUUGCAUCCAAAGAACAAGAUUUUUUCUUUGAACUUGAUGCUAUGGAUCAUCUUCAGUCAUUCAUUGCAGAUUGUGAUCGAAGAACAGAAGUGGCUAAGAAAAGAUUAGCAGAAACUCAAGAAGAGAUUAGUGCUGAAGUGGCAGCAAAGGCAGAACGUGUUCACGAGUUAAAUGAAGAAAUUGGUAAGUUGUUGGCCAAGGUGGAACAACUAGGAGCUGAAGGAAAUGUGGAAGAAUCCCAGAAAGUAAUGGAUGAAGUAGAGAAAGCACGGGCAAAGAAAAGAGAAGCAGAGGAAGUUUAUCGGAAUUCUAUGCCAGCUUCCAGUUUCCAACAACAGAAACUUCGAGUCUGUGAAGUCUGCUCUGCCUAUUUAGGUCUUCAUGAUAAUGAUAGACGACUGGCUGAUCAUUUUGGGGGUAAACUGCACCUGGGAUUUAUUGAAAUAAGAGAGAAGCUUGAAGAAUUAAAGAGAGUUGUAGCUGAGAAACAGGAGAAAAGAAAUCAGGAACGCCUGAAACGAAGAGAAGAAAGGGAGAGAGAAGAAAGAGAGAAGCUGAGGAGGUCUCGAUCACAUAGCAAGAAUCCCAAAAGGUCCAGGUCCAGAGAGCAUCGCAGACAUCGCUCUCGCUCUAUGUCACGGGAACGGAAGAGGAGAACUCGAUCCAAAUCGCGGGAGAAACGCCAUCGCCACCGAUCCCGCUCGAGUAGCCGCAGCCGCAGCCGCAGCCAUCAGCGCAGCGGGCACAGCUCGAGAGACAGGAGCAGAGAGCGAUCCCGGAGGAGAUCCUCAAAAGAAAGAUUCAGAGACCAAGACUUAGCAUCACGUGACAGAGACAGGAAUUCAAGAGACAGAUCACCUCGUGACAGAGAUCGAAAAGAUAAGAAGCGGUCCUAUGAGAGCGCUAAUGGCAGAUCAGAAGACAGGAGGAGCUCUGAAGAGCGCGAAGCAGGGGAGAUAUAAUUAGCUGUGUACAUAUCCUCAAUCCUUAAGCUUCCUCUGGAGUUACAUACUAUUGUUUAGUUUACAGCUGUUGGGGGUAACAGUGAGCAGUUCCAUACUCCGAUCCAGAUAGGCUAGAUGCACAGUAUCUAACUUGAUCUGAACUGAACUUGUUUCCCUGAUGAAGCCUAAAACUACAUCCAUAGUUUCUGGUGAACCUGUAAUGCGAUUCUGAAAGUACAGUUUUAUAUAAUAAGAUGCUGAUAUCUUUAUUCUUUCUAGUAGGAGUGAUAGUGAACGAAUUGUGUUGCUUGCCUUGGGAUUUUUUGAACAUUUGUAAAAUGCUGUCUUCCUUUCUAGUCCACAAACAACAGCUUCAGAAUUUUUCUUUUUAAUUCUUCUUCCUCUGACUUUUGUAUCCCCUAAUACCUCCACCCUCUAAUUAUAAGAGAAAGGGGGAGCAGGGAAGCAAUAUAACUUCUGUUCUAAGGUUCUGUUCCCAUUUAUUACUAGCUGAUUACAGAGCAUUUAUACUGGAAAGUGUAUUAAAUACCGAGAGUUUUUGUUUUGUUUUACGGUGCCUAUUUAGAGUUGGAAGUUGAACAGCUGUUGCAUUACAUACUUUGCUUUUUUUAUUGAAAUUUUGAAAUCAAACAUGUCUUGAUUUUUCUGUUCUAUUGAAUUGCUAUGUUCAGGAUGUUUUGGAAAGGGGGGUGGGGGCAGGGACUCUUUCAUAAGCACUUGUUUUAUUUUGUGUGUGUGUGGAGUAUAAAGGCUACAACCUUAUUGUAAAAAUUAAUAAAAUGAAACAAUCACCACCACCAUCCUUAAACUGUAACUUGUCUAGUAAAUUGUCACUAGAACUAUUUGCUGUGGGCCAUUUCUUCUGUUACAUCUUCAGUAGUGCCUUACUGUGCAAGGCACCAAAGGAAAUAAAUAUAUACUUGCCAAGAUGAACUGUUGCUCCACCUGGGCCCCUUGCUGACUGUAUUCCAGCUACUUCAGGGCUGUUUGUAACAAUUGCUAUGGAGAACGACCAGACCUGGAAAAGAUACUGGGUUUUUCUGUUUUUUUCAUUCAGCAAACUAAAAUAAAAACAUCGUAUA